UACCUAUUUGUAUAUAUAUUUGGAUAGUAGGUUCUUGUGGUUACUGAAUGCUAAGGACACAGGAAAGGAGCUUACAUGGGUAUGGACCUCAGAACUCAAAUUUUCAAACAAUAUUAACUUUCAAAUAAUAUAAACAUACAUUGAUAGAACAUUGCCACACGUAUCAGUUGUUUUCUCCAACAAUUGAACAUAGGCUGCGGCAUUCUGAGUUCUGCAUUAUAACUGUCUUUGAUAGUAGGAUGAGAAGAACAGAAUUGUGAGUUCAAAAGCAUUCACUUCAACUAUUAGAGAGCAGUGUAACUGGAGUUUUCUUGAUGUUCCUCUGGUAGACAAAUGCUUUUUUCAACUUGAAUGUUUCAAACAGUAGAUUUUCUCACUUGCAGCCAUUGUCCAUGAGUAUUUAACAAGUUAAAAAGUGCUGGGAAUACCACUUAUGGAACUUUGUAGGGAGAAUUGGCUGUGAUGUCAUAGAUCCUUGAGGGAAACUUCUAGAAGUAAGAUUUAGUCAUACUGGAGAUUAGAUAAGAAAGAUGCUUACUGAAUAAGGUGGGAUCCAACAAGAGUGUGGUACAGAAUGCAAUAAUACAUGAAUUACUUUUUUCUGAGGGAACUCAACAGAACAACACUUAAUGAAGGAAGGCAAAGUCUUAACCAUCUGGUACAUUUGUGAAUUCUUGAUGACUAAGCACUUGAAGUUUAGUAAAUUUGAAAUUCACCAGUCUUAGAAAUGGAAGAAAGUGAUGAACCUGAUCAGCCUAUCUCAGCAGGGAGGCAAGAAAUUCGAAAGAGAAGACGACCCAGCCAACCAAUGGUAGACAAAUCCCAGCAGACUGAAGUGACAGAGAAAAAGAAACCCUUGCCAAUGCCACAAUCGUCUGGCCCCAAAGCUACCCUUAGUAUUGGUAAUAUUCCUGGAAGCAAAGUCAACUAUGAGUCUCUUAGAGUAUCUUCUCAACUUCAGCAAACUUGGAUGAAGAGAAAGCGUGUACAGGAUAUGACUGAUAAAUCUCUGCAGACAGACACUAUUGCAGAAGAGAAAAAAGAAGAAAUCAAGUCAGUUGGUGAGACAGUGGUACCUGAAGAAAAGCCAGCUGCUGUUGGAGAGGCAGCCCCUGAAUUUCCAGAGAGUGUUCAGGAAGUAGAAAUUCCACCAAGCAGACACUCAAUUCAACUCAAAAUAGACAGAUCUCAGCAGACCAGUUGUACUGGAGACUGGACAAUGAUAAAUAUUCCUCAAAAUGAAAAAGUGGACAAGGAACAGCAGACGUACUUUAUUGAUUCAGAAAUAGUGUUUAUUGGCAAGCCAGGUAGUUCUUCUUCAAAUUCGAAGGAAGGUGCACAGAUGUAUAAAUCCUCAGGGAAGAUUUUUGUUAGUGAACAUCCUGAAUUUCAACCCACAACAUGUAGCAGUGAAGAAAUUAGGCAGAACAGUAUCAGCAGAUCUUCGUUUAGUCAACAAAACAUAAAAAGUACUCCGGUACUUUUAGAAGACGAGCAGUACAUUCUAGUUGAAGUACAGCCUCCCAUUGCAGAAGAGAUCUCUGCUGAACUGCAACCUCCACCAGCAGACGAGACUACUGCAGAAGAGACCCCAGCUGAACUUCAGCCUCCACCAGCUGAGGAUGCCCAUGUGGAAGAGGCUCUUUCAGAAGAGCCUUCUGCUGAAGUUCAGCCUCCAGCAGCUGAAGCGGCUCCUGUUGAAACACAGCCUUCCCCAGCUGAGGAGCCUCCUGCCGAGGAGGCCCCUGCUGAAGUUCUGUCUCUACCAGUUGAAGAGGCCCCUGCAGAAGAGGUCCCUGCUAGAGUAGAGCCAGCCCCUGCUGAAGAGGAUAUUUUAGAAGAGCUUUCUGCUGAAGUUCAGCCUCCACCAGCUGAAGAGGCUCCUACACAGGAGGCCCCAGAACUUAAGCUUCCACUAGCUCUGGAGGCCCCUAUAGAUGAGGUCCCAGAUGAACUUCAGCCUCCCCUAGCUGAGAAGACCACUGCAGAAGAGGUCCCUGCCAAAGUUCAGCCUCCAGCUACUGAAGAGGUCCCUGCGUUAGAGGCACUGGCUGAAGUUCAGUCUCCACCAGCUGAGGAGGCUCCUAUAGAAGAGGCUCCAGCUGAAGUUCACUCUCCACCAGUGGAGGAGGCUGCUACAGAAGAGGCCCCGGCUGAAGUUCAGACUCCACCUGCUGAGGAGGCUGCUGCAGAAGAGGCCCCAGGUGAACCUCAGUCUCUACCAGCUAAGGAUGCCGCUGCAGAAGAGGCCCCGGCUGAAGUUCAGCCUCCACCUGCUGAGGAGGCUGCUGCAGAAGAGGCCCUGGCUGAAGUUCAGCCUCCACCUGCUGAGGAGGCUGCUGCAGAAGAGGCCCCAGCUGAACCUCAGUCUCCACCAGCAGAGGAGGCCGCUGCAGAAGAGGCCCUGGCUGAAGUUCAGACUCCACCUGCUGGGGAGGCUGCUGCAGAAGAGGCCCCGGCUGAACCUCAGUCUCCACCAGCAGAGGAUGCCGCUGCAGAAGAGGCCCCGGCUGAAGUUCAGCCUCUACCAGCUGAGGAGGCUGCUGCAGAAGAGGGACCAGCUGAACCUCAGUCUCCACCAGCUGAGGAGGCCCCUGCAGAAGAGGGACCAGCUGAACUUCAGACUCUACCAGCUGAGGAGGCGCCUGCAUUAGAGGCACUGGCUGAAGUUCAGUCUCUACUAACCGAGGAGGCUCAUAUAGAAGAGGCUCCAGCUGAAGUUCACUCUCCACCAGUGGAAGAGGCCGCUGCAGAAGAGGCCCCGGCUGAACUUCAAUCUCCACCAGCCGAGGAGGCCCCUGCGGAAGAGCAUCAUGUUCCACUUCAGCCCCCACCAACUGAAGAAACUACUUCAGAAAUGGUCCCUGUUGACAAACAGCCUCCACCAGCUAAAGAGCCCAAUUUCAUUACACAAAUCUUUAUGAAAGACACCCCUGCUGAAGUUCAGCCUCCUCCUUCUCAACAAACCCCUGCAGCUGAGCCUCUGGUAGAGAACGUGUCUACUGAACAUCAGUCUCCCCAGACAGCAGAUGGCCCAGUAACAUUAGAAUCCAUGGUUUUGAAAGAUGAGCCAAUAUAUGAAGAGCCAUUAGAACUGGAUCCUGUUCCCAAAGAUUCAUCUAAUAUCAAGAACGAACAGGUUUCUACUAUUGAAAUAGACGGUGUCAUCCGUAUACAACGAAAAUAGGGGCCUCCUCCUCAGCUGUAGUCAGGGCUUAACUAAGCUACAAUCAGAAGCUGAGGGGUCUGGAAGUACGUACUUUAGAAAAGGGUAGGCGUUUGGAAAUAGCUUUGUGAACAGGCAAAUGAAAGGAAACACCAAGAUGUGGACUGCAGGUUGGAAAAUGAACAAUAAAAA